GCGGCAGAGCGCGGCGGGCCGCCAUGGUGCUGGUGGUGGUGAUGGGCGUCAGCGGCUCAGGGAAGACCACGGUUGGGUCGCGGCUGGCUGAGAAGUUAGGAUGGAAAUUCUACGAUGCAGACGAUUAUCAUCCUCUAGAGAAUAAGAAGAAAAUGGAAAAAGGGAUACCACUAAACGAUGAGGACAGGAUUCCUUGGCUUUGUGCACUGCAUGAUAUACUAAGGAGAGAAGACACAUCUAGACAAGAUACAAUUCUGGCCUGUUCUGCACUGAAAAAGAUGUACAGGCGUGUGUUAAUUGGUGGAGCAUCUGCAAUUGAAAGCAACCAGCCAGAGCAACCAGGAGAAAACCCAGCACUGAAGAUCCUCUUUGUUCAUUUGGAUGGACCUAAGGACAUAAUUGCUGCCCGCUUGGAGAAGCGGAGAGGUCAUUUUAUGCCACUUGAACUUCUCCAGUCUCAGUUUGAUACUCUAGAGCCACCCAGUGCACCAGAAAAUUUCAUUACUGUCAGUCUAGAAAAACCUCUUCCAGAAAUACUCCUACAGAUUGAGACCGCCAUUCUUCAGGGUGAGGCUUUGCCAGAGUAAUUUUCUGAAUGACACAUAUAGAAAUUCCCUGAAGGAUAGCAGGGCAAAGAGACAGAAUUUUAAUUAUCAAAUUGAUUAUUAAAUCAAACCAACUUAUUUUUAAGAGCAGGUUUACUACUCUUUUUUUUUUAUCAUGGCUCUGUAAAAGACAUUUAAAAUGUCUUUACAUCUUUUGCAUAUAUAAGAUGCAAGAACUGUUAACUUUUUAAGCCCUUCACUCCAUUAAGUUAAAAUUCUCCUUUUAGUAAGAGGUUGCUUUUGAAAAUUCUGGCAAGGGUCACACAGAAUAAUUUAUUUUCUUAAUAUUUAGUCUGUCAGACACUGAGAUGGGCACAUCUGCUAUUACAAGAUUAAAUAAUUUCGCUGUGUUAAAAAUAACGUCAUUUUCCUAGAAGAAGCAGGAACAUGCAUGAUGAUGUUCCAUACAUGACACUACCCCUGUCUCACUCCUGGAUUUUCAUCAAGUUGUACGUUCUGUGCUUGUAUUCUUGUUGACCUCAGCAGAGCACUGAUGACUUCAUGAGAAUUUUUCUGAUCUCUUACUGUAUGUACUGGCCACCAAACUGAAAAAUGUGAGGAAAAAAAAGGUAGUGGGGGCGAUGCAGUAUACAAAAUUUAAUUGAAUGGAAAGCUUUAGAAAUAAAGUAUAAGUGGCACCAUA